AUGGAAGUAACGAUUGUGGCGAUAAAACCCAGAAGCAAAGUUUUGUCAGAUGGUGAAUUUAAAUUAAAUAACUAUGAAAUAUUGUUGGAAGACAACAAGCUGCCUUGCACUAACAUUCUGUUAGAUGGGGAACCAACACAUCUGCUCCUGCAACAUCUGUCUGCCAUCACUGGUGGAGAGAAUGACAGGUUAAAAGGCAAAAGAGUCUUGUAUGUUCCAGCCUCUAAUGAUGAAACAGAAGCAUUGUACUGUAUACCUCUUGAUUAUAAUGAUAUUUGUAAACCAGCAGUUCAGAAUGGUCACCAAUUGAAGGCUGUGCCAUCCAGAGCAGCAAAGUUUAUAACCCUAGAUAAAUGGAUGCUCAAUGUUAUCAAUAAAAAUGACAGAGUUAAUCCUAUAGCUAUCAGAUUACAAAGUUGGCUGCUUGACUUGCAUUCUAGGCCCGGUGCUCUCAAGUUUUUAUUCUCAUCUCCAGCCGAGGAUAGAUUUAAAUGGUCGAUAUCAAACCCGGCCUUUGUGCAGAACCAUCCGAACUAUCCGUUUGUUAGGAAGACGUCAACAAAUGAAGAUGAACAGUUGUGCAAAGAGCUGCUGUCACUGAUGAUGAACAAGGAUAGAUGUAAUAUCGUCGUGGCUAACUCUCUCUUCGGCUCUAGUAGAUCAUUUAAAUAUAAGGUGGACAGGCUGGUGAGGAAUCCCCAUUGGGGCAAGUCGCCAUCUCGCAACAUUCUGACGUCAUCUUCCUCUUCCUACAACAUCAACAACAACAUCAUCAACAACAACAACAACAGCAGUUACAACAAUCAUCUGCAGCAGUAUCAGCAGCAGUUCCGCAACAGCGAAUCAAAUGCCAUCAGCUUUAUAUCCAGUUCUGCUGGCAGACAAUGCAUGAAGAACAAUUUUCCACUGCACAAGAGUGUGAGGCUUGAGAACGUCGAGGGGGUCAGGCACUGCCUGGCUCUGAAUUACUCAGUACUACAGAUGAAUAAAUAUUUCGAGACACCUCUGCAUCUGGCUGCUGAACUUGGUUUCAGGGACAUCCUCGAACUGAUGCUAGAGGUGUCCAGGGUGGACAUAAAUGAAGUGAACCAUUUUGGCCAGUCCCUACUACACGUAGCAGCCCUCAAUGGCAAGCCCCAAAUUGUAGACCUGCUACUGCAAAAGGGCGUGGAUACGGAGCUGAUAGAUAAAUACAACAAAAAAGCCAUACAGUACUGCGCUGUUGUUGACAAUCCAACUGCUAACCUGCAAGACUGCUACAGACUGAUUAAGAGGAGAUUUGAACAACCCACUGGAUACAUAGAUGUCAAUUUGAUGGAUGGAUCGUGUAAGAGGCUGUCAUCUAGUCACUCGUUCAUUUACCUUCAUUCUGAUUUGGCAGAGCUCCAGUUAAAAUCCCACCACAAGCCAAUAGAACAUCUGAACAGCUGGAAGACUAGUAUCAUUGGUCAGUUUACCGACCAAUCAAACGACAAGGAAGAGCCGGAAUUGUACUGGCGGCGUGAUGUUUUACUAUCCCUCAAAGAUGAAAAUUUGGUGAACAACGCCAUAGCCAUCAACUACCUCUUCAUAGAGUCCUAUUACAAUUAUACGAAAUCUCUGUACCUGUGCAAUGAGAAGGACGUCAUCUUCAUGUCUGGCGUCAUCAUGCACCUCUUCUACGGGCAAUUCAAUCUGUUAGACAUAAUGAUUCCACAGCACAUGAUCAACAAGCAGAAUCCUAGCUACUGGAUUCGUAAUGUACUGGAACAGUACAAAGUCUACAGCAGAAAACUAGAUAGUAACAAUAGAGCUUUGCAUCAGUUGUAUUUCUUGAAGAUGUGCAGGUCUCUUACGACGUACGGCUGUGCAUUUUUCACCGGCUAUAUUAAAUCUAAAAUGAAAGCUUCCAGUUGGAUAUCGGUCUUCCUUGGCGUCAACGAUGUAGGCCUGCACGCACUGAUAAAGAGUUUCGUAUACAGAGACAUGAUGUGGUGCCUGGUGGCUCUAGAUAGGAUAUGUGAGUUACACAUUAGGAAGAAUAGUAGCUCCAAGAAACCAGAUUUCGUCAUCUCGACUAAGCAGGCCAAACUGAUCGACAUUCUGAUGAAGAAGUUACGCGAAAUUAAUGAAUGA